AUGUCAAAUAUCCUCCCUCUAAACAACUCCGAUCUCAAGAGCGCUGCAAGACCGGUUCACUUUAUCAUAAGGUUUGCGAAUGGUGCACCAGAUGUUGUGAUCCCAGCAGGAACGGUCGCUAAUAUGGGAGAUAUAUCCACAAAAGAUAUACGACAGCAGAUCAGGCUCAAGGACAAGUCUCUUGCCAAUAAGCGUCUGAAACUUAUUCACAACGGCAAAGUUCUUUUGAAUCAUACUGAUUUCAAAAAGAAAAUGCACUACUUACUUAACGAAGAUACAGACGGAUCCGAACCCGUAAAGAUCUACGUGCAUUGCAUAGUUGGAGAAGAGCUGUCUCAAAAAGAACUAGCCCAAGAGGAGGCACUCGAUCGCCAGCCGGAGAAAAGUACAUCUGAAGCCCCUAAGGGAUUUGACAGACUGCUCUCCCAAGGGUUUUCUGCUCAGGAUAUUCAAGAGUUGCGGCGGCAAUUUCAGCAAAUACACGGAGCAAAUUUAGACAAUCAAUCACCAGAGGCUCUCAGGGAGCUAGAGGACAGAUGGAUUGAUAGUACAGUCAACAAUGAGAUUGAUGAGUUCCCGGCGAAUAUAGGACCAAUAGGGGGAGGAGGAACUGGAGGCGCGGGCCCUGUGUCACGAGAUGGAGAUGCACAUAAAGACCUUUUGAUUGGGGUAGCUAUAGGGUAUUUUCUUGGUAUUUUCGCGCUAUUUUUGAUCAAAUUGGAGGUUGGGGGUAUACUGAAUAAGCGGACGAAGAUGGCUGUUUUUGCGGGGGUAUUUGUGAAUUUGAGUUUCGGCUUUGUUAAGGCAUGGUCAUAA